AAAUCAAGAUGGCGGACGAAGAGGAGCUGUACCUUGCAAAUCUUGAUGAAUUUGUGAACGACGAAAAUAGAAUUGUAACUUAUAAAUGGUUGAGUCGAACUUUGUCAGUCCCGGCCAACAGAGCGAAACAGAUGCUCUAUGCCUUUGUUGAGAAACAGAAGGGGUCAAAAACUGGCUCCGAACUUGAUGUUACUUACUUGAUUGGAGGAAGAUGUUCAGUGGAUGGAGACACAGUACAUAGAUUUGUCAUUACGCAGGAUGAAAAGCUAGAAGAAACCAAAAAGAACUUCUCAUUAGUGACUUCUUUACACAUCUACAGUGUACAGAAAUGUAAAUUAAAGGAUUCAAAUUCACUGUACACUGUUGACUAUGAUGUACAGAAGCAGCACAGCAGCGAAACUAACAGAUGGAGCCAUAUCCAUUGUUCAGCUGCAGUACCUCGAGCAGAUAAAGGUGUUAACAGAGAUGCCCACCUCAUGAAUGGGGUGACAGAUGGUAACACGGAUCAUGGUACCAAAAUGGUUAAUGGAACUGGUGAAGUGCACUCAUCUUCAAGAGGGGCCUCUAAUCCAGCAUUUGACCAAAAAUCUAAGAUAGCAACUUCAAAGUCAAGGAAAGGACAACUGCCUACAAUGGAGAUGUUCUCCACAAAGUCUACCGCCAAGACAGACAGGCAUAUUGGUGAAAAGCCACCUGCUGUACAAAAUGGAAGAGAUAACCAGGCUGAUCAAAUCAAGCCCAACAGUAGCAUCAAAGGGGGUAGCGUGAUGUCAUUUUUUGGCAAAUCCACAUCAGGCAAAAAAGCUUUAAAAAAGUCAAGCACUGCAGGAAAUGAGAAAGAAGUUGAUCAACCCACAGGCAAAAAAGCUUUAGAAAAGUCAAGCACUGCAGGAAAUGAGAAAGAAGUUGAUCAACCCACAGGCAAAAAAGCUUUAGAAAAGUCAAGCACUGCAGGAAAACAGAAAGAAGUUGAUCCACCCACAGGCAAAAAAGCUUCUGAAAAGCCAAGCACUGUAGGAAAAGAGAAAGAAGUUAAACCAGCAAAAUCUCAAACUGCACCAAAGAAACAAGAUCAAGCUGCUGAAAGUAGAAAUUCAAAGAAAAGGGAGUUGUCUUCUGAAGAUGAGGAGGAACCUUUGCCUCCCAAAAUGUCCAAAGUUGUGAAUUCAAAUGUCGUAGGUAAACAGAAGCAGAAGGAAGACAAGCAGACUGAUGUUUCAAAGGGUAAAGCGGGUAAAAAGAAAGCUGUGAUAAAUGAAGAGUCAGACGAAGAACGAGAAGUGAAGCCAAAAAAGCGAAGGAAACGAACGAAAGAGCUUCCAAAAGAAGACAGCAGUGAUGAUGAGCAAGAUGUGCUGAACGGGGACGUGUCUAAGAGAGUUCCCCGUGACGAAGGGUCUUCAAGCAGCGUUAGCCCACCACCACAACAACGGCCUCAACAAACAGUGAAUAAUGGCUCAGCAAGACGACGGAAAAGAACGAAGGCACUUAAAGAUAAAACUUACAUGAAUGACGAAGGCUUUAUGGCCAGCAAAGAAAAUAGUCAAGAAGACCUGUGUAGAUAUGAAGAACAAACCCGCCAAACAAUCUUCGCUGACAAGUUUCUUCAAGAAAUCGUGAAAAAAAAAAAAAAAAAAAAAAGACCAUUCCCGUAUGUUUUCGUUGCCUGGAAAAUCAGUCAAAAUUACCCGCACAUCAAAUUUAUUGUGUGGUUAAGGGAGGAUGAAGUGCAUCUUCUCUUGUUUUGGUUACUUGCUGCCACAAACAGUGUUUAUAAAUAUGAGUUAUGCGGAUCUUGUGUUAUGGAUGUGGUUGUAUUGGGUGUGCGUAUUUGGAAAAAUUGUGACAUAAUUUUUGUUAAUCAAGUCCUCAAUCAACAGAAGUCAGAGAAAGUAGAAUUUCAAGCAAAUAUCACCUAAUUCAUCUUGCCAUGGCUAUUUUAAGAUGAAGUAAAGUACUUUCGUAGCGUAC